AUAAUGUUGGCAUGUGGAUUAAUAAUGUCACAUAAAAGCUGUUCGUGCCAAAAACUUACUUCAUAUUGGUCUUUUGUAUCAGUAUUUGGGAAAUAUUGUUAAGUCCAUUUAUCAGGUAGGGAUACUGAGGCUCAGGGAACUUCAAGAACUUUCUAGAUAUUAUUUCACCUUCUUUGCUCUUCCAGACUGCCUGUCUUUCUGCAUCCCCCUUGAUCUUCAUCUCUACCUUUAUUUCCUUGCUUUCCAAGUGAAUAAUUUUCUCUUCGGAAUUAAUAGGCCCUUACUUUUGUAACUCUGAGCUUCCUUGAGCCUGUUUUCCUCCCUUAAAAAAAAAAUUCAGAAAAAUAAUUCCUACAUCACAGGGAUGUCUGAGGCCCAAAUGGGAUUGUGUGUGUGUGCAAGUGCUCUGUGAACUCCAGAGCACUUAUGUCAAGGGAAGGGAGGUGCUUCUUAUUUAUUUUCCUGCCAGAGGACAGCAGAGACAGUACAUCUCAUCCUGGUGUCUGUCUGUCUUCUGGCUUGACUCCCUUCAGAGAAAUUCCUGCUUCUUCCAUGGUCAGGAGUUUCCGGGUUCCUAGUUAGUUUCUCUCCACCAAGUGGUGUAAGCUCCAGAAGGAGAGUGGCUUGUGGCCAGGGUGCAGGGAGUGUUUAGUGCCGAGCAUGGACCUGCAGCUUCGUGUGUGGUCAGGAUGUGGUGUCCACAUGUGGGUGUUUGCACCCAACCAGGUACGUGCGUAGAUGGACAUGAAUGGUGAGGUGCAUGUAGUGGGACUGUGUGUGCAUAAGUGGAUGCUUGUGUGCUUGUUUGUGUGCGUGUGUGUGUAUACUCAUCUGUGUAUGACAAGCAGGGUGUGCAUGUAUAGGACCGGACCUGGGCUUGUGACCAUGUAUGUGCAUGGGUCCGGAUGAGCUUGGUUAUUGGACACACACUCUGUGCGAGGCAUGGUGCUAAGUUUUGACCACUUGGAGGUAAUCCAGACCGGCAGUGGACCCCUGUGGUGGAGAUGCCGAUGUCCACCUCCUUACUGCCCCCUGCUGUGGGGGUGACUUCAUGGUCUUUCAGGGCAGCUGUCCAAGACUGGAGGUAGUCAGUGUUAGACCAUGCAAUAAACAGACCAAGCAAGGCUCCCAGGGCCCCAGAAAGAGGCGGAAAAAAGAAGCCCUUUUUGGGGUGGGGGGGAAAUUGAUGUUCAAAAAAUGAUGAAGUAGCCAACAUAAGAAAAUAGACUUUUGUUGGGCUUGAACACUUUGUUAUUUAUUUUCCUUAUUUUUUGAGGCACAGCAUACAUCAUGUGCAUGAAUAUUGAACAUCAAAUUUAUUCCAUCCGUGUAUACACCACCCAGAUCGCGAUGUAGAGCAUUCCCAGUAGCCCAGAAGUGUCCCAGGAAUUGUGAGCUCCCAGGCAGUUUACUUAUUUUUAUAAAGGUAAUACAUGCCCAUGAUAUAACCUUCAAAAAGGUGGAAGGGAGAAGGAAAGGUCCCUCCCAGCCCUCUCCUCCAGCCACCUGGUCCCCUUCCCUAGGGAAGCCACUGACAGGAGUUUCUUGUGUCUGUUCCGUUGGGCUUAUUUCCUCUUACUUUGGUUUGGGGAUGUUUGUGAUUGUAUUUGGAAUUACAGGGAGCAUGACAAGCUGUUAGUGUUUAGGGCCUCUCCAGGUCAACCGGCCCUGAGAAUAAGCCCUGGCAGGCCCUGGGCCCCCAGCCCCAGUCCCAGGAGACAGGCCUCUGGUCAGAGUCCUGAACUCCAGCGGAUUCAGACCAGACCCCCUUGGCAAGAACCUACAGCUCAGGCAUAGGGUGGACGCACCCAUGGGGGCUGGUGGCUCCGCCCCCACCUGCUUCCCUAGGUCUGCUCCUUACCUGACUGCAGGGUUGGGGCUAGAUGGACGGGCCAAAGCCUGAGGACAAGAAGCAGAGAAGGUGCAAGUUGCACAGGGCAUAGGGGUCAUUCUGUCUAUCCCUCUGCCCCAGGGCACCUCUUCAGCUGUGUGUGUCAAGGGAGGGGAGGGCAUCCCUCUGUAGGCAUCUUCCUGGCCUUGGCAAUUACGGAGUCUCCCCCUCCCACUGUGACCCUAAUGGAAGAGUCUCCCAACCUCUGUUCUUUUUUUUAGCUUUUUAUUUUUAUUUUAUUUUUAAAAAUAUUUAUUUAUUUAUUUUUUGGCUGCGUCAGGAUUUAGUUGGGGCGUGCGGGCUCUUCGCUUAAGUUGCGGUGUGUGUGCGGGCUUCUCUCUAGUUGUGGCACGUGUGGCAUGUGGGAUCUUAGUUCCCCAACCAGGGAUUGAACUGGUGUCCCCUGCAUUGCAAGAUGGAGUCAUUUUUUAAAAAAUUUAUUUUAAUUUCUUUUAUUUAUUUGUUUUUGGCUGCAUUGGGUCUUCGUUGCUGCACGCGGACUUUAGUUGCGGCGAGCGGGGGCUACUCUUUGUUGCGGUGCGCGGGCUUCUCAUUGCGGUGUCUUCUCUUGUUGCAGAGCACGGGCUCUAGGUGUGUGGGCUCAGUAGUUGUGGCGCACGGGCUUAGUUGCUCCGCAGCAUGCGGGAUCUUCCCGGACCAGGGCUCGAACCAGUGUCCCCUGCAUUGGCAGGUGGAUUCUUAACCACUGUGCCACCAGGGAAGUCCCAGCUCUUUAUUUUUUUAUUGGAGUACAGUUCCAACCUCUGUUCUUUGAAGCCCUGAGACCUGGCAUACAGUAGUUAAAAUCACCGGCUUUGGAACCAGGCCGUCUGGUUUGCAGCCCGACACUGCCACUUACUGACUGUUUGACCCUGGGCGAACUCCCUACACUCCCCGAGCCCCAGGUUCCUUGUCUGGAAAAUGGGGAUAAUGAAGGUACCUGCUUCACGGGGCUAUGGUGAUGACACAUCAGAUAAGGCAUGUAAAUAUCAUACAGUACAGUGCCUGGCAUACAGACUCCACUAAUGACAGUUGCCACCGUCACCAUUAUUAGUGGCUUGGACCAGGGAAGGCUGCGUGGAAGUGGCUGGGGGAGCGGGAGUAGAUGACGCGUGGCUGGGCGGCUUCCCACGUACCGAGCAUGGUCUGCGCCCAGAGUGCGCCAGGCGCACGUGUGUCCUUACUCGGGUGUCCCCCCACGUGUGGAGGGCCGCGCUCCCGAGGCCUUUGAUGGCAGGCAUAUGGGAAGUGGGCCCCCCCCCACCUCGCCACUGCCACCCUGCGCAGCUUCUCCCCACUCUGCUCUAAAACGAGAAGUAGAGUGAGUUCCCCCAAGGGGUCGGCCGCGCCCCUUCCUGUCCCCGCCCUGCCGGCUGCCCCAGGCCAGUGGAGUGGCAGCCCCAGAACCAGGACCGCGGUGGUGAGGUGGCCUGGGCGCUGAGAGCCUCGCGAGGCUUAGCCCCGGCGAUCUCCGCCUGCCCGGACUCAGCAGCACCGCCCUGUUGCCUGCACCCCCUUCCCCCCGGGCACCCCCAGGAUGGUGAGGUGGUUUCACCGAGACCUCAGUGGGCUGGAUGCCGAGACCCUGCUCAAGGGCCGAGGGGUCAACGGGAGCUUCCUGGCUCGGCCCAGUCGCAAGAACCAGGGCGACUUCUCCCUCUCCGUCAGGGUGGGGGAUCAGGUGACCCACAUUCGGAUCCAGAACUCGGGGGAUUUCUACGACCUGUAUGGAGGGGAGAAGUUCGCGACGCUGACGGAGCUGGUGGAGUUCUACACGCAGCAGCAGGGCAUCCUGCAGGACCGCGAUGGUACCGUCAUCCACCUCAAGUACCCGCUGAACUGCUCAGACCCCACCAGUGAGAGGUGGUACCAUGGCCACAUGUCUGGAGGGCAGGCAGAGACACUGCUGCAGGCCAAGGGUGAGCCCUGGACUUUUCUCGUGCGUGAAAGUCUCAGCCAGCCUGGAGAUUUUGUGCUGUCCGUGCUCAGCGACCAGCCCAAGGCUGGGCCGGGCUCCCCGCUCAGAGUCACCCAUAUCAAGGUCAUGUGUGAGGGUGGACGCUACACAGUGGGCGGUUCGGAGACCUUCGACAGCCUCACGGACCUGGUGGAGCAUUUCAAGAGGACGGGGAUUGAGGAGGCCUCGGGCGCCUUCGUCUACCUGCGGCAGCCAUACUACGCCACGAGGGUGAACGCAGCUGACAUUGAGAACCGGGUUUUGGAACUGAACAAGAAGCAGGAGUCAGAGGACACAGCCAAGGCUGGCUUCUGGGAGGAGUUUGAGAGUCUGCAGAAGCAGGAGGUGAAGAACUUGCACCAGCGGCUGGAAGGGCAGCGGCCAGAAAACAAGAGCAAGAACCGUUACAAGAACAUCCUUCCGUUCGACCACAGCCGAGUGGUCCUGCAGGGACGCGACAGUAACAUCCCUGGGUCCGACUACAUUAACGCCAACUACGUCAAGAACCAGCUGCUAGGCCCCGAUGAGAAUGCUAAGACCUACAUCGCCAGCCAGGGCUGCCUGGAGGCCACGGUCAUCGACUUCUGGCAGAUGGUGUGGCAGGAGAACACCCGUGUCAUCGUCAUGACCACCCGGGAGGUGGAGAAGGGCCGGAACAAAUGUGUCCCAUACUGGCCAGAGGUGGGCACUCAGCGCGUUUAUGGACUCUACGCUGUAACCAACUGCGGGGAACACGACACAGCUGAGUACAAACUCCGCACCUUACAGGUCUCCCCGCUGGACAAUGGGGACCUGGUUCGGGAGAUCUGGCACUACCAGUACCUGAGCUGGCCUGACCACGGGGUCCCCAGCGAGCCUGGGGGUGUCCUCAGCUUCCUGGACCAGAUCAACCAGCGGCAGGAAAGUCUGCCUCACCCAGGGCCCAUCAUCGUGCACUGCAGCGCCGGCAUCGGCCGCACCGGCACCAUCAUCGUCAUCGACAUGCUUAUGGAGAGCAUCUCCACCAAGGGCCUGGACUGUGACAUCGACAUCCAGAAGACGAUCCAGAUGGUACGGUCCCAGCGCUCGGGCAUGGUGCAGACGGAGGCGCAGUACAAGUUCAUCUACGUGGCCAUCGCCCAGUUCAUCGAAACCACCAAGAAGAAGCUGGAGGUCAUGCAGUCCCAGAAGGGCCGGGAGUCAGAGUACGGGAACAUUACCUACCCCCCAGCCAUGAAGAAUGCCCAUGCCAAGGCCGCCCGCACCUCCUCCAAACACAAGGAGGACGUGUAUGAGAACGUGCACAGUAGAAACAAGAAAGAGGAGAAGGUGAAGAAGCAGCGGUCAGCGGACAAGGAGAAGAGCAAGGGUUCCCUGAAGAGGAAGUGAGCUGGGCCUGUCCUGCGGCGGCCACGCCUCAGCUCCGUCCCUGCAGAGGCCUCCAGUGGAAGACCCAGAGCCUGAACCUCGGAGCCUGGCCCCCCAUUCCAUUGUAAUUUAAAUGGCCGUGUCCCCACCUCCCUCUCCCAGCCCCUGUAUAUAGCCCAGCAAGGCCCCUGGCAGGGCCAGGCCUUUCUCUUGUAAAUAAAGCCUCUAGGUCACUG